GUUGCUGAGGGAUAUAUCGAGGAGCGUCUAUAUCGUACGAAAUUCGAGAGCACUGUAGCAUAUGCUGAACUCACUCUUAAAAGCCGUCAAGCGCUCGUUGGAGGUCCGAAGCCCAAGAUCUAUCUGCAUGUAACCGCUGACAAAAAACGAAAGUCGAUUGUGUCAGAUUUGCUAGCGAGGACAUCAGUCUCUGAAGCGAAAGCUCUCAAGGAGAAGCAUAUGGUAAAGUAUGGUGAUGUGUUUGCUCGUUGUCUACAAACUCUGACUGAACUCGUUACACAAAUCGCCGAAGAAUCACGGCUAUCUGGUCCUUACGCGAUUAUCUCACAGGAGGGACUAGAACAGGUAGCCGCUUUGCUUCCACGUACUAAUUCUGACCUGGUACAAAUCGACUCAAUGACGUUCAGCAAAGUGGAGAGGUAUGGUGCGCGAAUUAUGGCUGCGUUAAAACCAUUCUGGAAAGAUGUGGACGAUCGCGACGAGGCUGAAAUGCGAGUGCAGCUUGAGAAACUGAAAGACGUUCAGCCGGCUGCUCCGUUACCAUCCCUUUCAUCGUCGGUGGAUGCUGGUAGUUCAUCUGCCACAUCGUCAUCUGGGCCGAGCGGCAGGUAUGCGCCCCGGUUUGGUCGCGGUAACAGUGGCAGAGGUCGCGGUGCCGGUAACUUCAACCGACCAAAGGCUACCCCGCGAGUACGGAAAAAGCCUAGUCGUGGUAGUAGUCAGGGAUCCAAUCUCAGAAGUGGUGGUACACGGGCAAAACGUGCACGACCCUCCUUCAAGCCUCCGACACGUGGUCGAGGAGCAAAAGUGGGUCGAGCAGCGUCAUCACUCAACCCAACGAUGUUCCCCGUGUGA